UUCUACUCGCUUAACAUUUGUAGCGGGACCAAAUAUAGACUGUCCUUUUACAUAAUUAAUCGUUUUGAGUGAGAGAUUGAAAUGUUUGUAAUUUUUUUCAUAAGAAAAAUAUGUGCGCAUAAAUAUAGCAAAGUUAGCAUUAGUAAUUAAAAUAUGAAACGUUGUGUAAAUUGGAGUCGCAAAAUUUAUCGAUGGAUCAUGACGCAAAAAGCACGAGUCAUCUUAUGAUCAUUGAGAAAAGCCUUAAUCACAUUCGUACUCUUCAUUAUAUUGCAAAACUUGAUUGCUGUUGACAACAACAUCGUGACUCGCCUGACACGGUGUUGCGUGCUCCAGAUUUCAAUUUGUCGCGAUAAUCUUUCGACCUUGGCUUGCAAAAUGAUAAUCGAUACCGAUCAAUAAACGUUUGUUCUGUAUUUCGUUCGAAGCAUCGUAAUAUUUCUAACUACGACUGAUAGGCUGAAAAAAAAAAUAAAACGCCAGGAAGAGAAUUUGACUGACGGAUGUGUCACAAAUUUCUUUUGUUUCUUACAUUUUCAAUCGAUUCGUAAAGAUCGAUCCCCAGAUUUACUUCGACAAUUCACGACUAUCGAAGUAUCAAAUUUUCAAGGACGCCUAUGAAACUGUACAAUUCUCCACUCGAAACUGUCAUCCGUUCUCCGACGAGGAUCCCAUAUUCCUAUUUUUUUGUAUUCUAAUUUAAAAAUUUCAAGUAAAAUAACUCGUGAAUCUCAGCAAUUUUAUCAUCUAUUUGAUAUUUUGGAAUAUAAUCAGAUUCAUCGAAAUGUCGGCCAAAAUCAAUAAAACUCUUGAUUCGCCUUUGGCGAACGUCGCAUCAGAGAUCGAGGAACGUCGAUGCGACUUGAUCGGCCGCCACAGAGACCUUCGGGACAAGAUCACUACGAUGGAACGAUCUAUUCCGGCCUUGAUGGCUUACAAUCUGUGCAUAGCCGAGGACCAUCAUCGAGAUAUGCCGUGCGAAAAAGUGCGCGAGAUCGUGAAUAAAUUAUCGCCGCAGCCGGAUCCUGCCGAUAAACUUCUCGCCGAAUUGAAGAGCACAGUCGACGACCUUCAUAAGGAAACGUCACAAUUGCAUGAUAAGAUCAUAGACGCAGAUGUGAAAUUGGAAGAAACUGGCAUGGAAUUGGAAUCCUUGGAGCUGGCUAACAAGGAGAUGGAAGAGAGACUGGUAAAAUUACGAGAUGAAGUGACCAAGUACACUACACCCAGCCUACACUCCAUUCAUUCCGAUGAUCUGAUAUGCUUGAGAAAAAUUCGUCAACUCGCCGAAGAGGAAUUGAAGUUGAAGAACUGCAUCAAGGGGCUCGAGAACAAGGAAAUGACUUAUAGACGACAGAUGAGCAAACUACUAUCCUGCAAGAAGCUUCAACGUCGAAAGACGACGGAAACAGGGAAGAAUAGUAGACUGUGGUCUCCGCUGAAAAAUCACGAGCACGAUGCGUAUGUGACAAAGAGAAAAUAUAUUCCCAAAGAUAAAGGACGAACUUGUUGCUCGUGUGCGACAUCAGGGGUGUUGACCGGUUACGAGAAAACGUUGAAAGAAUCGUUUAAAGGACACCAAAAAUUAUACCCUUCGUGCUGCAUUGCGCUAGACAAUCGUAUAAUCAAACCUCAUGGUUAUAAAGUAUGUUGCAAAUCUUGUCAACAAAUCUCAUUCAAAUCCAAAUCUCCUUACGAAUCGGCGAAUGCUUCUUGCGAAUCUCUAUACAGUAUCACCUCGAAGAUAAAUAUACGAUCGCUCAAACGAUUAACACAAUCUUCUGUAUCGUGUGAACUCGGUAAGACAUGCAACGAGUGCAAGACUCCUGCUGCAUGCAAACAAAUUAAUACUUGCAAAUGUGAAGAAAAGUGCAUACGUGAAUCAUCGACUGCACCCUGUGAUGAUUGUACUGUGCCGUCGUUGGAGAAGACUCGUCGAUCAGUGACUUUGCUAUGUUCGGAAUCGGAAGUAGACAGCGAUAGCGACGAUGUAUUUUGCGAAUGUUGCACUUGCGGUUGCGACGAUUUAUCGAUAUGAUUAAUAUCAGCAAAAAUUUAUCGAUAUAAAUAUCUCAACAGUUAAAUAUCAAUCAUUUAAUAAAACAUGUACAGUAUAUAAAGUCAUUUUAUGUUGUGAAAAUAUUUUUAUUUUAAGAUACAAUUUUACAAAUUUUGUAAU